GGUGUUCUUGGAAAUGCACUAAAAGAUGUUGAACCAAAAAGUGGAGAAAGCAGUGAUGAAGAUGAGGAAAAGAUGGGAACAGUUGGUCCAAAGAUUAAAGAAAUGAGUCCUAGCACUAAGGAGAAGAUCAGAGAUGAUGUCCAUGAUGCUAUGGCAGAGGAAGAGGAAGAUUCUGGGGAGAAAGAUAAGGAAGGCAAAGAUCAAGAUACUAACAAGGGAGACAAGCAAGACGAGGGUGAGGAAGCAAAAAAUGAAAAUGAAGCAGAAAGUGGAGCAAAAUCAGAGGAUACAGCAUCGACAGAAAAAACAGCAGAAGAGAAGAAUAAGGAAAAAGAAGGAGAGAAAGAAGGUGAAAAAGAGGAAAACAAGGGUAAAAAAGAGGUGGCUGUAGACAAAGAAGGAGGGGGAGAGGCCAAAGAAGGAGGAAAGGGGGCUGAAGGAGAAGGGAAAGAGGCUGAAGAAGGAGAGAAGGAGGGUGAAAUAGAGGCAAAGGAGGGUGAAGAAGAGGAGGGCGAAGAUGAGGCGAUGGAGGAAGAAGAAGGGGAGGAUGAGGAAGAAGGUAAUGCAGAUGAUGAUCAGGGAGAAGAUAAUGCCGAAGGCGCUGCUGCAGAGGGACAAGAGGAUGAGGAUGCAGAUGUUCCAACUAUGCAGCUGGCCUGGGAAUUUCUGGAACUGGCCCGCCUUAUAUUUUUAAGGCAAGACAGCAAAGAGUCUCAGUUGAACUUGGGAGAAGUUUACCUCAAACUUGGAGAAAUUCAACUAGAGCAAGAACAAUUUGGGACAGCAGCAGAGGAGUUUCAAAAGUGUCUUGAUCUUCAACUGAAGCAUUUACAACCCGAUGACAGACUUAUCGCAGAAACAGCUUAUAAUAUGGGUCUGGCUUACAGCUUACAACCAAAUUACACCAAAGCAAAGGACUUCUUUAAUCAAGCCUUAGAUGUUAUAAAACUCAGGACUGAAAAGUUAGAAGCUCGCAUUGCAGAAUGGGAGUCCAAGAGCAAAGGAAAAGGAAAAGCCACAGAUGACAAUCCAUGUGUAGUGGAUAGAAAAGAACUUGAAGAGUUGCAGAACGUGUAUCCAGAAAUCAAAGCUAGAGUUGAUGAUGCUCAAGAGAUGAUGAAUUCUUCUGGCACUCAGCCUGAAUCAACUACAGAAGAGGGCUUUGGGUCAAGUGGACAAGGCAAAAGUGAUGUGCCUGCAAGCACGAUACCAAUUAAGCAACCUGCUACGAUGAUACCAGUCCGCAGAAAGAGGAAGCCUGAAGAAGAGGGUGAUAGUACUGUAGCUCAAAACACAGAAGCACCAGUUAAAAAGGCACGUAAGGAGGAGGACCCGCCGGCAGCUCCUGUUAUUACUGAAAAUGGACAUGUUCCAAAUGGAGGUGUCACUUCCACGAAAGAAAGCUAGAAAUGUUGUCAUAUUUUGUAAAUAAAGUAACAAGACAUUCACAAACUAA